AUGGCUUCGUCGACAUCAGAAAACAAUAACAGCUCAGGAAAAAGCCUUCGUCUACUCGUGGUCUCGAACCGUCUGCCUGUCACGGUCUCCAAAGACCCUACCACACAACAGUACGAUUUCAAAAUGUCGUCUGGUGGUUUGGUCGCGGCAUUAAGUGGUCUCAAGAAAAUGAUGUCGUUCACAUGGAUCGGCUGGCCAGGCCAGGAUAUACCUCUUGACGAUCGAAAGCAGGUUGAAGAGCGGUUACUAAAGGAAACAUCUACCAUGCCCGUCUUUGUCGACCAAGAACUGGCUGAUCUGCAUUAUAACGGAUUCUCCAACAGUAUCCUGUGGCCCCUGUUCCACUACCAUCCCGGUGAAAUCUCGUUCAAUGAAGAGUGGUGGGAAGGAUAUCAGCGAGUCAACCAGCAGUUUGCGGAUGCCAUUGAUCGAAUCGUAGAGGAUGGUGAUCUAGUUUGGAUCCAGGACUACCACUUGAUGCUGUUGCCAUCUAUGCUUCGCAAGAAGACCAAGAAGGAUAUCAAGAUCGGCUGGUUUUUGCAUACACCUUUCCCGAGCAGUGAAAUCUACAGAAUCUUACCAGUACGCAAGGAAAUCCUGUUGGGCGUGUUGGAAAGCGAUCUGCUUGGCUUCCACACCUACGACUAUGCACGACACUUUUUAUCGUCGUGCACACGUAUCCUCGGACUUUCAACCAUGCCGAACGGGGUGGAAUUCGAAGGAAGAUACGUCCACGUCGGCACCUUCCCUAUCGGCAUUGAUCCCGAGAAGUUCACAGAAAACCUCCAGGUUUCCAAGGUGCAAGAUCGCAUUGCCCAGCUGAAGAAUCGUUUUGGCGACUGCAAGCUGAUUGUGGGUGUCGAUCGCUUGGAUUAUAUCAAAGGUGUUCCGCAAAAGAUGCACGCAAUGGAAGUCUUCUUGAGCCAGCACCCUGAAUGGGUCGGUAAGGUUGUACUUGUACAACUCGCUGUGCCUUCUCGUGAGGAUGUCGAGGAAUACCAACACCUCCGCAGCACGAUCAAUGAAUUAGUCGGUAGAAUCAAUGGUCAAUACGGUACGGUCGAGUUUGUGCCGAUCCACUUUAUGCACCGAUCCAUUCCCUUUGACGAGCUGACGGCUCUGUAUGCCGCAUCCGACGUCUGUCUUGUGUCGUCGACCCGUGACGGCAUGAAUUUAGUGUCGUACGAAUACAUUGCUGCACAAAAGGACAAUCACGGCGUGCUAAUCCUAUCUGAGUUUGCCGGCGCUGCACAGUCGCUCAAUGGGUCGAUCAUUGUGAACCCUUGGAAUACAGAAGAGUUGGCCAAUGCGAUAUACGAGGCAGUCACAAUGCCCGACGAUGUCCGAAAGACAAACCACCAGAAGCUUUAUCGCUAUGUGACAAAGUAUACCGCCGCCUAUUGGGGUCUUAGCUUUGUCAAUGAACUGCGGCGAAUCAGUGAAGAGUUUGGCCAACGCAUGUCGAUCCCCGAACUCAACUUUAAGAACGUCAUCACCCAAUUCAAAGAGUCCAAGGGCAAGAAGCUUAUCCUGCUGGACUACGACGGCACCCUGACUACUACGCACAAACUGCCCGAGUUUGCAAAACCAUCACAGACUGUACUCGAUCACCUAAAGACUCUUGCAUCCAAAACCGAUACGUACGUGUACAUUUUGUCUGGUCGUGGACGCAAACACUUGGAUGCAUGGUUCGAUUCAACGGGCGUGGGUUUAUCUGCCGAACACGGCUGUUUCUACAAGCAUCCAGCCAAUAUUCGUGACAAAAUCAAUCCAGUGCAAUCGUCCUCGCAUGAAAGCAAGUUAAUUAAGGAGGUGGAUGGCAAGUGGUACUGCUUGGUUGAACAGAUCGAUCCCAGCUGGAAGGAGACCAUUCGCCCGCUGUUCCAACACUAUACGGAACGUACUCCUGGAUCAUUCAUUGAAGAAAAGGAAAUCAACUUGACGUGGCACUAUCGUAAUGCGGAUCCAGAAUUCGGCAGUUGGCAAGCAACCGAGCUGCAGGUCAAUCUUGAAAAGUUAUUGAGCCAUAUGGCCCUCUCGGUAAGUUCCUGA